CCGCCCCGAAUCCGCGGAGAACCUACCAUGAUUUGCGCAAACCUGUUCAUCAUCCUGAUUUUCAUCGACGAGGUGCUGCAUUCCACUGGGGAUCCUGUUCUACCGGGUGGCUGGAGGGUGGACUGCGUGCGGGCCAAUGAGUUGUGCAUGGCUGAACCAGGCUGCAGCAGCCGCUACCGGACCCUGCGUCAGUGCCUGGCAGGGAAGGCCGCCAUGCUGUUUGGUCCUGAGGCCAAGAAUGAGUGCAUCGCCGCAGUGGUGGCGCUUCAGCGAAGCCCGCUGUUUGACUGCCGAUGUAAGCGGGCGAUGAAGAAAGAGAAACAGUGCCUGGCCAUCUACUGGAGCAUCCACCAGAGUUUGCAGCAAGGGAAACGAGCCCAAAAUCUAACGUACAGGAAUGGAGCUGGGAGACGCAGUUCAGAGGAAAGGCAGCGCCACAUGGUGUUGGGAGGCCUGAAAGGUGAUGACCUGUAUGAAAGCUCUCCCUACGAGCCGGUUAACUCUCGUCUGUCCGACAUAUUCAGACUUGCUGCAAUCAGUUCAGGGAUGGAGCCCAUGGGAGCUCGUGGGAACCAGUGCUUGGAUGCAGCCAAGGCUUGCAACCUGAAUGACACCUGCAAAAGGUACCGCUCGAGCUACAUCUCCACCUGCGUCAAGCGCACCUCUCCCUCCGACACCUGCAGCCGCCGCAAGUGCCACAAGUCGCUGAGGCAGUUCUUUGACCGGGUGCCAGCGGAGUACAGCUACCGGCUGCUUUUCUGCUCCUGCAACGACCCAGCCUGCGCAGAGAGGCGCCGCCAGACCAUUGUUCCCGUCUGCUCAUACGAAGAUAAGGAGAAGCUGAACUGCCUGGCACUCCAUCAGACCUGCAAGAUGGACCACGUGUGCAGGUCACGAUUGGCAGAUUUCCUGUCUAACUGCCAACCCUCCGCACAAUCACUGAGUGGCUGUUUCCGUGAGAACUACGCGGCUUGUUUGCUCUCGUACUCGGGACUCAUUGGAAGUGACAUGACCCCAAACUACAUUGACGCAACUGACAUUGUGGUGGCUCCAUGGUGUACCUGCAGUGGCAGUGGAAACCAGAAAGAAGAAUGUGACAAGUUCCUGAACUAUUUCAAAGUGAAUGCCUGCCUCAGAAAUGCGAUGCAAGCUUUUGGGAAUGGUACGGACGUGAAUAUGUGGAAAACCAGUUUGCCCACUCUGGCCACACUGCUGCUGAAGACAGAGAAGACGAUUGAGAGCGCUCAACCCUCUGACCACAUUAAGGAAAUCACCACAGCUGACGAUGCUAACAUUUUCACCAUGUGUUCUGACCUGCAGGAAAAUGGACCAAAGUUCAACACUUCCAAAGAACAGAGUCUCUGCCUUCCUGAGGCACAAGCUCCUGCACUGAACAAGGACAAGAUUAAAGACAUGGAUAAAAUGCCAAGCUACACAGAUCCAAGGAAUGGGCACUCAUUCGGGGCACGCAUCCGUGCCAGUGUGGCAUGGGUAGCAAUUUCCUUUUAUAUCAUAACAACCCUGACGUCAUAGGAGCCUCAAGGAGCCCUCGAAGAAUGUCCACAUCCAUCCUACUUAAUUGAAAAAUGAUACCCCAUGUGGAGAUAAUACAAAUAUAAUUGGUUGAAUUUUAAGGGAGAAAGUGCAAGGGAAAGUUGUGAUUGCUUUGGUACAAAUGUGUUAACAAAAAAAAAGUCUUGGUUCUCCAAAGCGUAUGCUUUUCAUGGACACGAUGCUGUGAACAGGCUGGGGCCUUGCUUCCUUGGACAAGAAAAAGUGCGACUGCCUCUUGAAGCCUAGCUGUAUGCCAGAGCCUCAGCACCGGGCUGCUUAUUGGACUUGAGUAGCCAGUUAGGCUUAAGCAAAGCCUUCCGAAAUUGGAUCACAGUACAUUCCUCACCUGACGGUCAAGGCCGGAGGACAGGAUUCCAACUGGGCGACAUGGCUGCAGUGAUUAAUGGUUGUAUAAGACCACUUCUCUGUUUUAUUGUAUGUACGUUUUAUCCCCACCCCCUCCCCCUACCCCUACCCCACCCGCUGUUCUUGGAGUUGCGGAGAGAUACUGGUGUGUUGAAACUCCCACUCUUUUCUACGCUCAAUAUCAUUUAUACCCAAGGGAGUGUACAAGUUCUGUUUACGUGUGAAAAAUGUUUCCUCUUUUGUUCUGAACUUUCUAGAAGUGUGUUUCAUGCAGUAAUAGAUGUCUACCCAGCUUGCGUUGCUUCUGCGAGCUGUCUGUGGAAUUAUACCGUCAUUGUAUAGUGUAUUAUUUCAAGAACAUAAACAGGAAUAUAUCUCUACUAA